AUGGCCAAGCGGCCCAGCCAAACUGCCCAGCCGGCCACCCCAUGGCCUAUAUGGCCUCACCCACCUAACCCUAACCCGAUCCACCCACUCACUCGACCCCCCAUCGUUCCCCUCGUCCCCUCACCCGCGCCGCCACACGCACGCACGCACGCUCAGUGGAGCGCACGCCCGGCACCCGAGCCGCCGCUCCCUAGAGGCCGCCGCCCACCGGCGCCGAGCACCGCCACCCCCGGCCUCCUCCUCGCGGUUCCCAACCUCCUGCACCGCAUCCUCGUCCUCCUCCCCACUGGACUGCGCCCGCCUCCCCGACGCCGCGACGCCGCCCCGUCGUCCUCGUCUCCGUCGCCGGACCUCGCCGUCAUCGCGCCACCACGCCCUGGAGCCGCCCCGACGCCGUUGCUCGUCGCCUACCCGACCCCGUCGCUGGUGCCGUCCUGGACCGCCGUCGCCGCUCGCCGGACCACCCUCCCGGAGCCUCUCCCGCCUCGACUACCUCGUCCCCGUCGUCGCUCGCGUCGUCUCCGUCCUCCUCCCCAAAGGCUCCAUCGAGCCACGCCGAACCCCCUUCGCCCCAACGCUGGUGAGGCCGUCGGCCUCCGCCUCCCCUCUGCCCCUUUCUCUCCCCCUCGUGGUCACCACGCCCGACCACCUCGCGACCACGGCCACGCGCCCCACCAGCACUGUCUGCGGCUUCGCUCACCUGCUGCUCACUGCUGCGUUGCUGCCGCAACUGCUUCUACUGCCGCUGCUUGCGUGCUGCUACUUGCCUUGUCACCACGACCACCGCCCCCUGUACCCUGCGCCGCCCGGACGCACGCUCGCGCCCCCUGGCCCGCACGCGCGGAGCGCCGUGUCGCGCUCCCCAUGGCCGUGCGAGGAGUCGCGCCUGCACGCACUUGCCCCCAAUCCCCUACUGCUCCGGGCCUCGCCCCGACUUCCUGGCCGCGCGCCCACGCGCUGGCCUCGCCGGCCUCGGGGGCCUCAUCCGCCCCUGCGUUGCGCCUCCUGACCGAGGUCGUCGCCGCCAGAGUCGCGCUGGGAGCGCCCGUGUGCGUUCCCAGCCACCAAACCGUGGCCUUAGCCACUACAUAUGGGGCCGUCCCAUUUAAAAAAAAAGAAUAG